ACCCUGGCUCCGCCCAAUGCGGACGGGGGAGGGGCCCGGCAGGCCUCGAGGCUCCGUGCAGAGCUGAGUCCGACAUGCAGGCAGGGGGCGAGGGCGGGUUCUUCUCCCGCCGCCGGAGCCGCAGUGCCGACACCGUGCGGCUCCGCCAGAGAAAAUCUGCGCUAUACAGCGCUGCCCCGGGGGCCGGCGGGGAGCGGGGCCCAGAGCUUUUUGGCGAAAACAUUUAUCUGGUCUUGUUUACCAUAAGUCUGCGAGUACUUAACUGCUUUUUAGUCCAGACAAGCUUUGUUCCAGAUGAAUACUGGCAGUCGCUUGAAGUUGCACAUCAUAUGGUUUUCAAUUAUGGCUACUUGACCUGGGAAUGGGCAGAAGGUUUAAGGGGUUAUUCAUACCCACUACUCUUUGCAACUAUCUACAGAGUUUUACAGCUACUGGCAAAGGAUGAUGUUCAGCUGCUGAUUUGGAUCCCUAGACUUGUGCAAGCAGUUCUGUCAGCUCUAGCAGACAUAAAGCUUUACUCAUUAGUGAGACAUCUAGAAAAUGCAGAAACAGCAAAGUGGGUGUACCUUUGCCAGUUGUGCUCUUGGUUUACAUGGUAUUGCUGUACCAGAACUCUAACAAACACCAUGGAAACUGUUCUCACCAUCUUUGCUCUUUUCUACUAUCCAAUGGAAGGCUCAAAGACGAGGAGCAGUUGCAAAUAUUUAACUUUCGUUGCACUUGCAUUUAUUAUUCGUCCAACUGCUGUAAUUCCAUGGAUACCUUUGGUGCUCAGGCAUUUCUGGCAAGAACAGAAGAAGGUAGACCUUGUUCUAUACAGCUAUAUUCCAGUAGGAUUGGUCACUCUAGGGAUUUCUUUAAUAAUCGAUCGUGUAUUUUUUGGUGAGUGGAUACUGGUUCAGCUGAAAUUCUUGAAGUUUAAUGUGCUACAGAAUUUGGGAACAUUUUAUGGUUCUCAUCCUUGGCAUUGGUACUUGACCCAGGGAUUGCCGGUUAUUUUGGGCACCCAUCUACCCUUCUUUAUUCACGGCUGCAUCCAGGCACCAAAGAGGUAUCGCAUCCUUCUAAUGGUAGUGGUUUGGACAGUGUUAGUAUACAGCAUGUUGAGCCACAAAGAAUUCAGGUUUAUCUAUCCCGUACUGCCAUUUUGCAUGGUGUUUUGUGGAUAUUCUCUUAAACAAUUGAAAACAUGGAAGAAAUCAGCAAUAACCUUCCUGCUUUUAUCAAAUUUACUCCCAGCCCUGUACACGGGUUUGAUUCACCAACGUGGCUCUCUUGAUGUCAUGAUUCAUAUGCAGCAGCUCUGUAACAAUUCUUCUAACCAAUCAUGGGCUUCUGUCUUUGUAAUGAUGCCAUGCCACUCUACUCCUUUUUACAGCCACGUUCACUGUCCUCUGCCAAUGAGAUUCCUUCAAUGUCCUCCAGACCUAACUGGAAAAGAGAGUUACCUUGACGAAGCAGAUAUAUUUUACUCUAAUCCUCUCAAGUGGCUUAAUGAGGAGUUUUACAAUGGUACAUUACCUACUCACUUGGUCUUCUUCAGUGUGCUAGAACAGGAAAUAUCAUCGUUUCUUGUCCUAAAUGGUUAUGAGAGAACAGCUACUGUCUUUCACACCCAUAUGCCUCAAGGACGAAUUGGAAGCCACAUCUAUGUCUACACAAGAAGGGUGAAAUGAAGCAUGCUUCAAGAUCAGUUUCUGAACUGGAACCAACUGAACUCAAUAUUGUACAGUGGUGUCUUGGUUAAACAACCUUCUAGUACAGAACAGAGGGCAGUGAUACUUGAAAAUAGGUAAGAAAAAUUGACAGGUCUGGCUCAAAUGUACAGCCAGUAGAUAAGGAUUAUACUGGGCGUAAUGUGUUUAGUGAUGCUUCUUCACUGGUGGAAAAGUGGAACUUCCGUGGCAAUAUUCUCAUCUUAUCUCUUGGUGUUAAGAGGGGAGGGAAAAAAACAAGGUUCAUCUGUCUUAGGACAUUUAUAAAUAAUUAACAGAACACCAACAGCUACUGCAUGACAUUUGUGAUUUAGAGGAGAGGAGUAAAACAAGACUUCAUAACCUCUAUGGGACUGUACAUCUAUGCUAAAUUUGUUUAUGAAUAAAGACUUUUACCCACAA